UCUCUCUCUCUCUCUCUCUCCGGUAUUUCCCCAAUCCCCCUCCUCUCCCGUUGGAGGCAGGCUAGGGUUUCGAGCACCGGCUGCAGCGCCACCGCGUCGCCCGCCAUGGCCGAGGCCAACCAGUACCAGAUCCUGGUGCGGCUCCUCGACGGCCGCACCCGCUGCCUCCGCUUCUCGACGCCCACCGUCUCCGGCGCCGCCAUCCUCGACGCCGUCUCCGCGCUCUCCCGCAUCCCCGCCGCGUCCCUCCGCCUCGUCACCGGCCGCCUCGACGUCUCACCGUCCUCCGUCCUCGCCGCCUCCAGCGACGGCCAAUUCCCCUCCGCCUUCGCGCUCCUUCGCCUCCGCGGAGGCAAGGGCGGGUUUGGCUCUCUCCUUCGUGGCGCCGCCUCCAAGGCCGGCCAGAAGAAGACCAGCAACUUUGACGCCUGCCGUGAUAUCAAUGGCCGCCGGUUGCGCCAUGUUAACGCCGAGCGCCGCCUCGAGGAGUGGAAGGCCGAGGCCGCGGAUCGCCAGCUAGAGAAGCUUGCAGAGGACUUCAUCAAGAAGAAGGCCAAGGAAACGGGUCGCGCUGGUGUGCGGGCGGCCGAGGUGGACAAAUACCUUGAGAAGUACCGCAAGGAUGCCGAGAGUUGCGUUAAUGCGGUCGAGGAGUCUGUGCGUGCCUCUCUUGGUAAGAGGAAGACCGUGACCAAACCACGGAGUGGGGAAGAUGCCAAGAAGCUUAAGAUUUGGUUGGGCAAGAAGAAAGUAGAAGAGGAUGAGAGUGAUAGUGAUAGUGACAGUGAAAUGGGUGAUGAUGAGGGCGCAGAUACAAAGUCCAUAAUUCUUGAUGAUGAGAAUUCCUCACAUGGAUCCAAAAGUGAGGACGAGAAGGUUGAUCUGGGUUCAGUUAUUGAGCUACAUUCAGAAAGAGAGACCUCAGGCGAGAAGUCUGCAUGCUCUGAUUCAGAUGAGAAUGGAAACUGUGUUCAGGAGUCGAUGGAACCGACAAUUAGAUCAGAAGGUGCAUGUGGUGAUUUUGUAUCAGAUUGUGCAGUGGAGCGUGAGGUUGGAUUGAUGGAUCAGCACACACCUGAGAAUGUUAUUACUGCUCUUUCAGAAGAAGUGUUGAAACCAGAUAUAGAAGCUGAGGAUAACACUGCUUCAACCACAUCGCAUCUCAAUGGCCUAGAGUCUCCUCCAGUGGAAGAACCUUCCAAUGGAAGUAGACCUCUUUCAGAGGAACCGCUGGACCUGACAAAUUACAGUUCAGCUGCAGAAUUGGAGGUGGUUGGCAUGGAGAAGCUCAAGCUCGAGCUGCAGACUCGUGGACUAAAAUGUGGUGGAACCUUACAAGAGCGUUCGGCCAGACUUUUCCUUCUGAAAACAACACCUCUGGAGAAGCUACCAAAGAAACUUUUCGCAAAGCCCAGUGGUGGGGGGAAGUGAGAAUUAGUGAAUAUAAGAGCUACUAUGACUAAAUGCAAAUCUAAAUGUUGUCUUUUUGUAUAAUUUGAAAUGUUGCAGUGAUAAGCUUUUGUCAUGAAGCUGAAAAUGAGCUAUGACUUAUCUGCAUGUGCAUGUUCUAAUGGCUAUUGUAACCUGCUGUUACUGGACAUUACAUCCACUUACAGCAGUUAGCUUGUAAUUUCACCUAUCUUGGAUCAAGGGUUUCUUGUCAUUCGUGUUCC